UUCACUGUUUGAACCCUGUGUUUUUCCUCUCAUCUUAUAGAGCCAUUUUCCUGUCUUUCUUUCCCAAAUCAAGAAAACUAAUCAAGCAGCAGAAAGAGGCCCUCUUUUUGUAGUAGUUGUGUUUCCUCACCAUCAUCAAGAACCCAUCUUUCUCUCUCUUGUUAGGAUGCCAAGACCAGGCCCAAGACCCUUUGAGUGUGUGAGAAGAGCUUGGCACAGUGAUAGGCACCACCCCAUUAGGGGUUCUCUCAUUCAAGAGAUUUUCAGGAUUGUGAAUGAGGUCCAUUGUUCAGCUACUAGGAAGAACAGAGAAUGGCAAGAGAAACUCCCCAUUGUUGUGUUGAAAGCUGAAGAAAUCAUGUAUUCUAAAGCAAACUCUGAGGCUGAGUAUUCUGAUCUUGUAACACUUUGGGAAAGAGUAAAUGAAGCUAUUGAUACCAUAAUCAGAAGAGAUGAGACCUCUGAAACUGGGGAUUUCUUGCACCCUUGUAUUGAAGCUGCAUUGCAUUUGGGUUGCUUUCCUAGGAGAUCAUCAAGAAGCCAACGCAACGAUUCACCUAGAUGUUACCUUAGGCCGGAAAAUGUAGAGGGUGCUUUUGUUGCUGACUCCAAUUUUAGCUCUGAAAUUUAUGGAAAUCUUGCUAAGAUUAGCCCACUCAUCCUCCAUUGCCCACACUACUCGACGUUCGACACCAAAAGUCCAUCACCUUCGUGCACCAAGGUUCACGAUCGUAGAAAUCCGAGUCAUGUCAAGAAAUUUGUCAUGCUACCUAACAAUUUGGUUCCAAGUGUUAACCAUCAUGCAUCAGGAGAAGCUUCUAAUUCUUCGAACCUAUGGCAUGUGUUUCCUUUGCACUACGGUGAUCAUCUUGAACCAUCGAGAGCUUCAUUUCCGAUUCCCCAACUUAUGGACAGUGAUGAAAUUACCCCCCAACCAAGCUCACCCACCUUAAAGCUUGAUACUUUGAGCUCUCAUUGUCCAUCCAGCCGUGAACUUGCUUCAGAAAAGGAGCAGCAAGCUGACUGUGACUUAACAUUGCGGCUAGGUUCUCUCGUAGUUCCUUGUGCUGGUAUUCAGAAUAGUUGGUCCCUACAGCUGGAAAAUGGUGAUAGGAGCACUGUAGAUCGGAUCAAAUCCAAUAGCCAUCUCAACGAUUGAGUGAACCAAAAUCUGUCAGUUGGGCAUGUUUUGAUGAGAAUAAUAUGCUGGCAUUAGAGAUAACUAUGAGUAUACGCAAAGUAGAUACAGCGGGACUGGGCAGUUGCAAUCAGCUCUACUCGUUGCAGGAAAGAACACAUGCUCAAAGCGGAUGAUGAUCUCCGAUGCUUUUGUCAUUAAAAACUGCUUUUUUCAGUGGUACAUAACAUGAUUUUUACAGUCAAUAGGAGGAAGGAGACGAUGGUGAUGUGGUUAGGGAAGAGUGGGGAGAUGAUGUUGAGGAUGAUGAGGGGUAGAGAGAUCAAGCAGCUAUAGUUGAACUUUAUCUGCAGCUGUGGAUGGAGCCAAAAGUAAGCGAUGGAACUUUCUUCUGCGACCUCCUUCAAUGAGUCGCUCAUUCAACGAGUCAAACUUCUAGGGCCCAAAGAAUGCGACGAAGGACUCUUGUGAAAGAUGGAAACAUGGAGGAUAUCGGCCCGGAGGAUGAUCCCAAGGUUGAUGUACUUGUUCGGAAGUCUGAGACAUAGUUGGUGUCCUCGCACAGCUUCUGCCACUCUGACGAGUGUGCAUUAUGAGGUCGCCCAGCUCCGACCGGCUCGGCAUGGCAUCUGCGUUUGGAGUGGAGCCAGUAGGAUAUCACGGCCACCAGCACUGUGUAGCCACUCUUGUUGAGAAUAUUUCGAAUGUUAUUUUGUGGCCGUAACAUGGAUUUAACUAUAUAAGCCAAGAGGUUUGUCUUUCCCUCUCAAAAUUAAUGAGUGCAAAUAAUAUUCUUUCGAAUUUUGAAAUAUACUCCA